CCAGCCUCGGGGCCAGGCCACCGCCCCUGUUUUGUUUCCAUGGAGACAAGGAGCGCGGGCUGCUCCAAACAUAACGCGCCUCGGAAAGCAUGCAGCUCGGGGGACACCCCCCCGCGCCCCGCCUCGGGGGCAGCCUCCCCCCGGGGGCCCGGGGCACCCGAGGCCACAGAAGCCCCUCCUUCCAACAGAAGAAGAGCUGGGGCUUAUUCUUGGUGAAAGACUUCGAUGAACACUGCAGCUCCGCGGCCAAGGGAGGCCCUCCUCCAACCCUGAUCAGGACCUCGGCCCGGAGCCUGGGCCGUUCCUCACAGCGGUCCCCCAGUCUCCAUUUCCAAGGCCUUUCUCCCUCUCCUCCCUACAGUUUCUGCCCGGACCGAGCCCCCCACUCCCAUGGACACCACAACCGUUCCCCGACCCCACCCUGUAGCCCCUCUCCAAAGUGCCCCGCCCCAAAGCGAGCCCCCCACCGCCCUGGACACCGCAGCCCCUCCCCCGCCCCGCCCCGUAGCCCUUCUCCAAAGCGAGCCCCCCACAACCCUGGACACCGCAGCCCCUCCCCCGCUCCACCCCAUAGCCCCGCCCCAAAGCGAGCCCCUUACCACCCUGGACACCGCAGCACCGCCCCGCCCCGUAGCCCCUCCCCAAAGCGAGCCCCCCACCACUUUGGACACCUCAGCCCCUUCCCCGCCCCGCCCCGUAGCCCCGCCCCAAAGCGAGCCCCCCACCACCCUGGACACCGUAGCCCCUCCCCCGGGCGGCCUCGCUUUGCCUCGGCUCGUGGCCACGCCCCCCAGAUUUCUGCCCGGCCUCCUGGGUACCCCGCCCACUGGUGCUCGGAGAGCUUGGAGUUGCUUCCGGGACAGAGGGCGGGAAAGAUGGCGGCGCCCAUGGAACUGUACUGCUGGGCUGGGGGCUGGGGCUUGCCAUCCGUGGACCUGGAGAGCCUCGUGGUGCUGACCUAUGCCAGAUUCACUGGGGCCCCUCUCAAGGUACACAAGAUCACCAAUCCCUGGAGGAGCCCCUCAGGAACCUUGCCUGCCCUCCGGACUAGUGAUGUUGGGGUCAUCUCACAGCCACACAAGAUCAUCACUCAUCUAAGAAAACAGAAAUACAAUGCAGACUAUGAUCUUUCAGCCCGGCAGGGGGCAGAUACCUUGGCCUUCAUGUCGCUUCUAGAGGAGAAACUGCUGCCUGUGUUGAUCCACACUUUCUGGGUUGAUGCCAAGAACUAUGUGGAGCUGACUCGAAAGUGGUACGCCGAAGCCAUGCCUUUCCCCCUCAACCUGUUCUUACCAGGCCGAAUGCAGAAGAAACACCUGGAGCGGCUCCAGCUCUUAUGUGGGGAACACAGGCCCAUGGAGGAGGAGGAAGUAGAGAAGGAGCUGUAUCGAGAGGCCCGGGAGUGCCUGACCCUGCUGUCUCAGCGCCUGGGCUCCCAGAAGUUCUUCUUUGGAGACUCUCCUGCCUCUCUGGAUGCCUUUGUCUUCAGCUAUGUGGCCCUGCUGCUUCAGGCUAAGCUGCCUAAUGGAAAACUACAGGCCCAUGUUCGAGGACUGAGCAACUUGUGUGCUUACUGCAACCACAUCCUCAGUCUGUACUUCCCUUGGGAUGGAGCUGAAGCACCACCCCCGCGUCCAGCACCUUCAACUUCAGAGACUGAUGAAGAACCAUACCGGCGAAGAGAGCAAAUUCUGUCAGUGUUGGCCGGCCUGGCAGCUAUGGUGGGCUACGCCCUCCUCAGUGGCAUUGUCUCUAUACAGCGGGCAGCUCCUGCCCGAACAUCAGGCACCCGGGCCUUGGGUAUUGCUGAGGAAGAGGAGGAUGAAUGACAUCUUGAUGUUACUUGAACUGACUUUUCUACUGCUGUGCAUUCCAAAUGGCCCCUGUCUGUCUCCAUUUGGGGUACUUCCAGAGAUGGGGUGGUCAUCUCCACCCCUGGAAUAAAUUUGCUCAAAGUG